UGGUAAUACUUUCCGAUCCAAGCCGGAAAAUUCACUUUAUCACUUCUAACUCUUACACCCCAACAUUUCUUUAAUCCUUGAGAAACUCAGCAAGAACUUGGAAACUUCAAUUUGAACCUCAACUUCCAUGAACUCAACAUCUCAAGAUUUAAUUUCCAUAUAUCAACUUUUAAGAAAUAUUGGAAUCAACACCAUCAAUUCUACAACCAAUAAAUUGAUCUCAAUACUUCAAAGCAUUCAACCAAAAAUGGGUCAAAUACCAGUCCAACACUUUCAACCCCAAGUUCCAGAUACUUCCGCUGGACCUCAUGAACAUACCUACAUCCCUCGCUCUGAUGGUUCUAUCCUAAUCAAUGGAGUUGUCUAUGUUCAAGAAAUCAAAACUCCCAUUCCAGUCGCUGCUGUACCUGCCAUGGCACCUUUACCAUCUCCUUACCUUCAGUGCUUUUCUCAAUUUGCAGCAAGUCCAACCUCUGAUAUGAUAUUUUAUUCACUUUACCCGGGCGCAAGUUGCGCACGAUAAUUCUCCUGCUUCCACAUCACAAUUUCUUAACUUCAGUACUAACUACCAUUCUUUAGGUACCUCCACAUCAACCCGUCAUGCCUCCACCUGCCUUCCAACCAUAUCCAUACAACCCUUACCUUCAAUUCGCAGGUCCCGGUCAACAAGUUCCUUUCGGCGCAGGUUAUGUUCCCCAACCCGCCAUGAACACAAAUGGAGCUACCAGUAGCGAAAUCCAAUUACAACAAAUGCAAACACCAGAUGCGAAUAAGAAGCAAGAUAUGAAACCAUCUGAUGAUGAUCCAUUCCGCAUGUAUUGGGUUCGGGAGGUUGAUAAUACGUGGACUCAGAGAAAUAGGUUGACGAUUGAUAGUGGUGAUAUUGGUGAUGUUAGAGUAGGUUUCUGUUUGUUUUUUUGGCUUUGUGAUUUUGGAAAUUUGCUAAUUAGGUUGUUCUAUUUUGUAGUGGUAUGUCACUGAUGGUGUUUUCUAUGCCGUCAGGUUGCCUUCUUAGAUGUUGGGGCUCAGGGCGAUGAUGGAUUAACAGGAGUUGGUUGUCAAAUGUCGAGGAAGAAUAGUCAUAUUCCGUCGUCUCCCAGCCGCAUGCAACUCACCUCGAAUCCAAUCCAGUCACCACAAAUCCUCAAACGUCACCACAUACACAUACUACAUUACGCAAUAAUACCCGGGAAGAAAGUAACGAUAGGACGGAGGAAUGAUAAUAAUUUAUGAACUCGGAGCUCGUCAUUACAAAAUGGAACAACUUAUUUUGACUUCGUUCAAUAUUUCACAUCUGCGAAUGUGAUACAUUACUAGGAUGGUUUACAUUUUACAUUUUGCAGCAGUUCAUAGCGCUAGCUGCUAUUGCCUGGAUUUGGCUUGUGUGUAGAGAGGUAG